AUGUCUAAUUUCGAUAGUUCAAUUGCUUAUUACCGUCAAGUCUUAUCACAAGUGCCUAAUCAAUUGCAACUGAAUAAAACGGAUUUGGCAACAAUUUAUAAUGACUUUGCCUAUGCAUAUCGUGAUUCUCAUCGUUAUCAAGAAGCAUUAGAAUAUUAUCAAAAAGCCCUUGAAAUAAGAGAAAAACAAGGACCUGCUCAUGAGGAGGAUUUGGCGACAACCUACAGUGAUUUCGGAUGGCUGCUCAUGAAUAUGGGUGAUGUACAGAAAGCACUCGAUUUUCAUCAACGAGCAUUGAAGAUUCGAGAGAAAAUUUUAGGUCUCAACAAUGGUGAUACUGCUAUGUCAUAUAAUUGUAUUGGUCUCGCUGCUGUUUAUAUUGGAGAUUUUGAUCGAGCCUUGAAUUGUCUUGAGAAAGCAUUGGCUAUUCGACGAUGUUGUUUGGCCGCUUACCAUCCUUACACUGCCAUGUCAUAUUCAUCACUGGGUUCGUAUUAUGAAACUCUCAGUGAAAACUUUCAAAAGAAAAAUAUGCGUGACAAAGCUGUUGAAUAUUGCUCUCGAGCAUUGGAUAUGCAUAAACAAGCUCUUUUAAUUUAUAAAAGAUCAGUGCCUCCCACACAUGAAAUUCUCGGGAAUAGUUACGCGUCAGUAGGUUCAAUCUAUUUGGAUCAAGGACAAUUCCAAGAAGCCAUCGAACAUUUGACGGCAUGUGCAGUCAUUCGACGUAAAAGAGGUGGCAGUGGUCUUUUACACAUUCUUAGCCGAUUGGGACAAGCCUAUUCAGAGCAAGGCAAAUAUCAACAAGCUAUAAAUUCUUACCAGGAAGCUUUAUCUAUCGCGCAAAAGAAUGACAAUAACACAUUAGUAGCACAACUCAAGGCAAAUAUUGAAAGAUGUAAACGGAACUUAUCCUAA